UUUCUUUUGUUAUUUGCCUCUCAACUUUUACGAUCCCAGGUUUACAUGUCGUUUUUAUAACUAUAACAAAACGAAUAUGUUCGUGGAAAAGCCUAAAGAAGAAGUAUAUGAUGUCAUAAUUAACGAGGUGACUAUUUCUCCGUGACUUUUAGGGGAAUGAAAUACGGAAAAUGUUAGUUUCUUCGAACAAGUACUAGAUUCAAGAUGGCCGCCUUUUAUUUUUGCAGCGUGUUUUAGUUCUCGUGUCGAUGGAUGUGGACUCGCUAUGUGCAUGCAAGAUUCUACAGGUAAGAAACAUUAAAGAAUGAGCUGUUCACCUAUAAACUCUUAAUGGCGGCUUGUUUUGAAACGCUCGUUGAAAUCUGGCGUUCAGUGCCAAGAGAUAUCUAGACUCAAUUUCUUCAAUCGCGGAGCAUGAACUCGAAUCUUUGUGUCGUCAGGAGAGAAUCACUUGUUAGCAGAAAUGAAAGGCAUGAUAUGAGCAAAUCUCUUCGACUUUUUGAGUAGUUGUUUUUCUGUUAAUUGCUUAAUUUUGAUCAGUACUAACUGCAGCAAUUUGUGAAGGGUAAAUUUUGAAAUUUGUACAGUUCGGGGGUGCCUGGAAUAAAGCACCAAGUGAUUUCUGAUAAACUGCUUGAUUCUUCUUGCAAUUUGCCUUAUAUUUGUUGGUAAUUCAAUGGGAGAAUUUCAAAUUAGAUCAGGGUCACCUGGAUCCUUAUUUCAUACACCACUUCUAAGUAUUAAAUACUUAAAUAGAAAUUAAAUAAUAAAUAAUAAAUUUUAUUAAUAAAUUAAUUUAUUCAAGUAAGGUAAUUUUUAAAAUAAAUGUAAAUAAAUAAAUAAAUAUUGACUCAAGCCCAGAAUGAAAAGAUUUUCGCAUAGCCACAUACAGUCCAACCUUCAGCAAGCGACCACCCAAAAUGUGAAGUCUUGCUGGUUGCUUACGGGAGGUGGUCGCUUAUGAGCAAAGAACCACAGAAGGUCUCUUCCUAUAAAAUGUCUAGACACAUACACUUUAUGUAAGAUACUUUAUUGCCUGCAAUUUCUAAGUUAUGUUACAAUGUAUGUGCAGUUCCAUGUUGUUACCAAAAUUCUUCAUGUACCCUUAGUAGCAUAGUACAUCAGAGAUUAGACCAAAAGUGGUUGCUUACAAUAAAAAACAAUAAAAAGUUAUUAAAUUGUCAGCCCCCGAAAGUAGUCUCGGUCGCUCACAGGAGGAGGUCAUUUACGAGAGUUUCCAACUGUCAAACCUUUACAGGAAAAGUUUUGGUGUUUUGGAUAGGCGGUCGCUAAUGAGAGGUUGUCAACAUGGGGGUUUGACUGUAAUGAAUAAAUAAUGAUUGUUGAGCCUAAGAAUUUUAGUGGGGAGAUAGUGUGGUGGUUUCUUUGAACUGGCAGCUUUGCUACCCUUAAGACCUUUAAUAAUGACUUUUGCCCCAGGAUGUAAAUGGUUACUAUUGUUUUCGCAACUUCUUCCUUCUAUUUACAUGUAUGGGAAAUGCAUGGCAAGACGUUGGUCCAUGUCAGGUUUUGUUGACACCCCCACGGGUGGCACUCGAAGGAAACUUGGGUAGAGAUGUGCCGCCAAGGUCUUCAAAUCCUAACCCUGUUUAAGACAAAAAUAGUUCACUUGCUAAUUACUGUUUAAGACAAGAGACCUUAUUACAUGACCUUGAUUCAAAUAGUUUGUUUGAAAGUAACACCAUGGAAUUCGAUUUAUUGGGAAAAAAUUAUUGGUAUCACACAAGUAGAUCACUCAUUGCCAACCUUCACAUUCUUUAAAAGGCAUCCAAAGACACCAAAUAGUGAGAUUGUAUAACUUGUUUAAGCCUUAGGACCCUGUAAACAAUACCCUGUUCAGUGGCACAUACCUGUCUACCAGGUACGCGUAAUAUAUAGGCUCCUGCUGUUUAGGCCAAAUAAGAGAUUGCCAAGGGUUGACACCACAAGUAUGUUGCAGAAAAAUACUUUUUACCAACUAAUGGCAUUUAAGAGGUAGUAUUCCUAACUGACUCACAUCAAACACCUGUAGCAAUGCUGGUAAUCUAUUUACUGAAUGAUGGGGUUUGUUUGUUGUUUUAUAGUGGCUGUUUAAAUGUGACAAUGUACAGUAUACUAUUGUUCCGGUCAGUGGCAAGGAGGAUUUAGUAAGAGCUUACCAUGAACACUCUGAACAGGUUUGUUAAUGCAAACCAUUAUGAUCUUCUUGCCUGCAGAAAAGUUGCACAUUUGCUUAAAAUCAAGAAGAUGUCAUUAAAUUAAAACUGCUUUUAAUGUAUCAGUCAACAGGACAAAAAGUAUUCAUCUUUAGAAUGGCUAAGGAGCUUUAAAUUAGUUACAACUACAAAUGGUUUAAAUUAUUUGAAGAGAUUUUCUUAAAACUCAAAGAAAUGUAGCAGAUAACAUUUUCAAAUUUUUGGACUCUGCGGAAAUCAACAGCUAUCCUAAUAUAUUUUUUCUGGUGUUAUUGAAAACCCAGGGUCCAAGUUUUUACAUAAUUUGAUUAUACUAAUUAUAUAAAUGAUAAUGGUGAUUGAAUAAGGGUUUAUACUAGACACUUCAAAUGCUUCCCUUCACAUGCAAUAUCCGUUGGACAAUAACCCCCCUAACUUCUUGGUGUAAGGUACCUCGGCCCUUGAAUACUUGUUAAAGAAAUCAGUUAUAUUUUUAAAUCUCAUGCGAGGAGCAAAAACAUGAGUAGAAGCAGUGUGUUAUAUUUAUGACAUUGUUUUUGUUUAGUUGAAGCACAUUUUUCUUGUGAACUGUGGUGGAAAUUUGAACAUCCUUGAGAUACUGGAGCCAGAGGAAGAUGUCAUGUUUUAUAUUGCUGACAGGUACUUGAAAAAGGGUUUUUCCCCCAUGGGGUACUCUGGAUUUCGAGUGAAGUGGACGAUCGAUAGAAUUUCACAGGAAACUUUUUUAGAUUCCCAUUUGGGAAUUUUAUGGGACUUUUUCCCACUACUGUGAAAAACCUGGGACAGGAAAUUCCUUGUAUGGGAAAAUAUUGGGAGGUUGAUGCCUCGCAUGAUUACACAAAUGGGUUUUUUCUGGGAAAAAGGUUCCACUUUACUAUGUAUCCCAGGACUGGGAAAUCUUGUGAAUGCUUUCCCAUGUUAUUCCCAAUCUUGGAAAUAUCUUGGGGAUUAUAUUCUCAUGUUGUUCACAAUAUUGUGAAUAAUAUGGGAAUACUCCCCCUUGUUGUCUCCAUAUUUGGAGUAAGAUAGGGAUACAUUACCAUAUAAUUCUCAAAAUUGGGAAUAAAAUGGGGAUAUAUUACCAUGCUUUUGUAAUAAUUGGGAAUUAACUGGUGUUAUAGUACCAUGUUGUUCACAUAGUUGGGAAUGAAAUGGGGAUAUUUUACCAUGCUUUUGUCAUAAUUGGGAAUUAACUGGUGUUAUAGUGCCAUGCUCUUCACAUGGUUGGGAAUUAAAUGGGGAUAUAUUACCAUGCUUUUGUCAUAACUGGGAAUUACCUGGUAUUAUAGCACCAUGCUCUUCACAUAGAACUUUGGGAAGAAAAUGGGGAUAUAUUACCUGCUUGUUUUUCUCAAAGUUGGGGAUAAAAGUGGAUAUAUAUUAUCAUGCCUUUCUCAUACUUGAGAAUAAAAUGGGAUAUACUAUCAUGUUAUUCUCAUAGUUGGGAAUAAAAGGGGGAUACAUUACACUGUAAUUCUCAAAGCUGGGAAUGAAUAAUUAUUGGGAUAUGUAUUGCCAUGGUAUUCUCAAAGUUGGGAAUGAAAUAGAGAUAACACUCCCAUAUCACUCUGGAGUUGAAAUCUUUUUCAUGGGAAUACUUCCCCAAGUUGGUGAUAUAUUUCCUAGAUGUCUUAAACUUGUGAAUACUAUGGAAAUACUCCCUCAUGUUAUUCCCAGAGUUGGGAAAAAAUGAAGAUAUUUACUGAUAUACUCCCGAGUAAUUCUCAAAGUUAAAAACUGAACUGGGACAAAUAGUUGAUUUGAGACAUUCACAGGUGAAUUUAGCUCAUAAUUUAUUUACUGUAUGUAGUCAAAGGAAAGAAAACAUGUACAUUUCCUCUUUGAACUCUAAAACUCAGGUUUGUGUGACCAACAAUUCUAGUGACUCACUUUAAUUUACAGUAUUUGGUGAAACUUGACAACAUACCAGACUUUUUAAUGAUUCUCUACCUGAUAUUGUUUCAUUCCUUUAAAAAAUUGUCUCAGUUGGAAAUUUAUGAACAACACACUGCCACUAGACAUUAUUGAUGCCAUGACCCAAACCCAAGACAUACCACAUUUCUCCUGACAGCUAGGUAUCUUAAUUAAGGAAAUUUUAGGUUAGUAGCUCUUAGGCAAGAUUGUAAUAACCAGCCAUAACUAAAUAUAUGGGACUGCUUCAAUGAACUCUAACAUUCUCAAACAAAAGAAAUAUGAGGCAGUCAUCUGGAUUUCCGGUAUCUUGAGAUUGAACAUAUCUACAAUUAGCUAUCAAGAUUUUUGGAGUAAAAUGUUUGGAUACAGAUAUUUCAUCAGUACACAUACUACAAUCAUCACCAAAACUGUUGGGAAGGCUGCUACUUUUAACCUCUUUUUUUCUCUCCUACCCCCCCCCCCCCUCCAACCCUGCCCCAUGUUGAGCGAAAAGUUUAUGUUUGUGCAUGUAAUAAUUGUUCUGUUAUAUCCCAACACUGAAUAGGGGGGACUGGGGGUAUUUAGCAAAAGAGAAAACUCUCUUUUUUACAAGUGAAAAUGGACUACUGUUAAGCUGCACAACCUUCCCAACUUAACUUUUGUCUGGGAUUGUAGCUGUCAUACCUGUAGAGUCAGAACUUUACUCUCAGAUCGUCUAAAUACACACUCAGUGUAGUGUCUGCAUUUCUAACAAUUGUUUUCAGGCAUUUUAAGACAUGAUCAGAUAUUCUUCUGCCAACAGUUUGUACUGAUCCACUGGCCCUGUGCAACUCCAGUUACUGAAUCCAAAGAAACUUUGUUAACAGCUGUUCUUCCGAGUGUCUCUCGUUCAUAUCUACCAGGAUGGUGAUGCUUCUCUACAAAGAAGACUAUGUCAACCACAAGUCUUUCCCAAUCAAUAUCUAGAGCUUUGCCAUACCAGAUAUCCCCAGGAAGCUCUCCUUGAAUGAGCAACAUGUCAUCUUUCUGUGGGUAAACUGGAACAAUGAGUUCAUAAGGAAGGCUCCUCAGUUUUCUCAUGUAAUCAACAACAGUGGCUGUAUUGUUCCCACAAUCAUACAGCAUAACUUUUCUUGAAAUAUUUUCAGUGGAAAAGAAAACUGUUCUACUGUCAGGUUGCAUUUCUACUUUAGGGAAACCAUUCCAAAAGUUCACUGCAAUGAGCCCAUUGCCAUCUCUCAAAAAUGGCUUUACACUGCCUUCCCCAAGCAACAGACAAUUUCCUCCCUCAUGUCUAACAGACAAAAAAUGGUGAACAGAUACCACUUCUUCACUGCCUUCAAAAGUGACAAUGAUACUAUCCUUGCUUGAUAGCACCACACCUUCAUGGCCGACAUUGAUCAAAAAACAUUUCUUUGUUAUUGUGGGAACAGCUGAUAUUUCAGUUGGAGAAAGUGACAGAGCAGCUGCAAUCUUGAUGUGAUCGUCUCUGGUCAACUGACAAACUCUCUUUGAUGAACCAAGUAACAGGGAAUGCUGUCCAUCCUUGCGGCAUAUUGCUCUAGCCAUCUCCACAGAGCGCACGACACCCUAUCAGUAGAAGAGAUUCAAAUUAAAUUUGACACCUAAAGGUCCCCUUAUGAAAAACAAUAAAACCUUAAAAUUAGAAAUAGUAACAGUACUGGCAAUCUAAGCAGAAAAUCUUCAGUUGCAAUUUUGAUAUAGUUGUACAUUCUAUACACAUAGUGUAGCCUGGAUUUUUCAGAUCUUCCCUUCUUCUCCCUUCAAGCCCCAAAUAUUUUUCAGCUGCCAUUAUUAAUUCUAGCUAUAUGGUGAGGUUAGGUGGCAAGCAAAUAAGGUUCUUACUUGGUAUGAAAUGACAACUAGAUGUAGGUAAUAAUAAUCUUUGUUGUUUCAUGAGGUGUUUUGACCACAUAAUUAUCAUGAAUUAAGCUGACAAGCUUGUUGAAUUUCCCAUGUUAUCUUCGAUAUGUCCAGGUGCAUGUGUGUUACUGUUAGGUAGCUAUGCCCCUGUUCUGAUCUGAUGCUUCAAGAGUAACUCCCCCUCCUCAGUGCCUUGGGGGCUUAAUUCACUUGCCUCGCAAAACUAGCUGAUUGGCAAAACCACAUAAAAUGAAUAUAUAUUUUUGCUGGUCAUCACUUUUACCUGUAAAAAUGUACCAAGUACAUGUAUCUUACAAUCAAUUUGCAAAGUGCUCUGUCUGGAUUAUUAAUGGAUUCAGCACGUCUAAGCAAAUUAUUACUACAAUCAUUAUUCUUAUUUUGAUUGAUUAAAAGUAUUAAAUAAUUAUCUUAACUCAAACUUUGUGAUCACACUCACUGAAUUUUAUUGCUGUACAUUAAGUCACCUCACCUGACUUGUAUUACUUUCUUGUAGUUGACUAUCAUCUUCUUCUUCCAGACUUUUCAGAAACUCCCUACGGGCUUCAGCUUUAGCAAACGUUGCUUCUACACCCUUACAAUUGUUGGACCUUUUGAUGUAGUCUUUAACGGCCCUUUCGAAAACAGCGCACCAAUAGUUAUCUGUUGCGGAAAAGUUAAUUAUAUCUUCAUGGAUGUGCAGCAUAUUGUGCACUGACACUGUACACAUGUCAAGUCCUUGUGUUUCCUCAAUUUUUACAUUGAUUCUUUGGGCCAGCUUUCUGUGCAUCUCGAUCAUUUCAUCACUCCAUCCAUCUCGCCCACUUGUGAAGUGAAGUUCAACAAACCUUGACACAGAGCAAACAAUUUCAAGUUCUGUCAAGUUUUCCAUCUUUCCUUCUACAAUACAUUCCAGCAUUGGAAAGAAAAAUUUCUGAAAGCCCUCGGCUUUCCAGUAGUUUACACCUUUACCUUCCUUUCCAACAGCAACUGGAAUUCUUCCAUUUUUAAGCUCAUUUGUCCAUGGAAAACUCUUCAGUUUUUCAUCAAGGUAAGUUAUGUCAAUCAAUUCAAGUUCUAACAUCCUCUGUGUUUGGUUUUUGCAUAGAUUCAAUAAAACUGUGUGAAAAACAUCAAUCAACAUAUGUUGCAAAAUGUCAAAUCCGUAAAGUGGAUACAGGUAUCUAUGAAAAACACUUGUUCCAGUGAAACCUAUCUCAGAGGACAGAGUUUUCCUCACACUUUUUCGGGUUUCAUUGUCAACAUCAUAUAGAUUAUCAAGUUCAUGUUGAAUGUUUCUCCUUGCCCAUGGAUAAUGGCAGUGAUAAAGAUUGUUUCCAUAGUAAUGGCGAUUACAGUAUUCACUUUGCUGCCCAGUAACCUUGCAUCUCCUACAGCCACAUUUGCCUUGAUUUAAAAAUUUUCCAAACUCACAUUGACCUGGAUGGUCUGCUGUCCAACAAAGCAACAAAACUCUCACAGUUUCCACUUCACGUGGUUCAUAGUCAGCUAUGGUAACCCCAGGGGGAUAUGUUACUUCAAACCCAUCAAUGAAACCUUUACAGAGGUCAUGCAUAAGUGGUUCCAGAAAUGGAUCAUAAGCUUCAGGCACAGAUUGGGAACAGACGUGCAUGGGACAAAUCCCACGACAUAGACUUCCUCAACAUGUGUGCGAUCUUCUUUACACAUAUUAGCAAUUGAAAUUUCAAUCGAGCCACAGCUCCUAAGUCCUGUUUUGAAAGGCUGCCAAGCAUCCCAGUGACCCACUAGGGCUACAUUUAGAGGAGAACCAUUUGCAGUUUUCACUUCACAAGGGACUGUCUCCAUACACUCUGGGCACUUCACAUAAGACAAUCCACUUUCAGCCUUUUCACAACUGGCAAUACUUUCCGCUGAAAUCACAGCUUUACAAUUGCCACAUCUUCCAGGAAGAAGCCACGUCUGGUUAGGGUCAAAAAACCACUGCAGGUCUACCCAUCUUUGGCCAUCCCAGAACUCCUUUUUGAGGGGCCAGCUUGAAGACCUUCCAAGCCAGUGUUCUUUCUCCUUCCAAUGACUCAGCAUUUUUCUGCACAUACUUUUUGUCUUGAACCAGUUUUUAACCUUGCUGCUUAACCCAAGAUAGUAAUAUUUAAUGUAACCACCGUUGCCACAAUGAGGGCAUAGUUCAUCUUUGCUGCUCAUGACACUCCAACUGCGACUGUAGUUAUACUUAACACUUGUCUUUCCGCAUCUCCGCACCUCUUUCUCUUCUCUACAGAUACAAAUGUAAAAUUCUUUGGCAUCUGAAUAACCUUGUUCCUCAAGAAGCAAUUGGACAGCUUUCCAGUCUUUUGGCCACAAUGCCAAGAGAAUAUCAACAUCAAUGUCACUUGAAAUUGAUUCCAAAAGCAUUGCUUUCCCAUAUGCAAGGAUAUCUUCAAAUGUCUUUAUCGAGGCUCCGGAAUUGUCCAUAAUACUCAGUGCCUCAAGUACAGCCUUGACAACAAGUUUCUUCAAAGGGUUUACAUUCUCAGUAUUGCAGUUGUUCGACGCGUCUUUUUCAACUAAAUCACUCUCAACAUCAGGAUUUUCAUCCAUUUCCAGUACCUCCAGCAAGUCAGUCCUUUCUUCGCCGAUGUCCAUUCCUUCUUCAGGACCAUUUGUGUCCGAUCCUCCACCUGAGUGGAAGUUAAACUCAACAGUGCCCGUAGCACCUGCAUCUAAUAAUCGAGCCUCUGACCAAUGCCGCAAUUCUAUGCUUCUUGUCGUAGCCUUUCCCUUACAACGCAAGCAUCUGCAGUGCACAUGUCUGUACGUUUUUUCAGAACAAUUACAAGAGGAAACUUCUCCUCUAGUCCAGGUGUGAACAGCCUCAAAAUCCAUCUUUCUACCAACAUUUUCGCUUGGCCGCCAUUUUUUCAACAACCUUCUAGUUCCCAGAGCUUCGCGAUUUUUCAUCUCGGACCAAUAAGAAAAGUUAGAAUGAUAGAGCGAAAAAGGCGGGAAACAGUGACCAAUCAAAACACUCGACAGAUGACGACAGUUCAGUAUUUACGCGCGCCAACACAUAGAUUGGUUCUCUUUCUCCACUCCCUUCGGGCGAAUGAAAUCGGUAAUGGCAAGCGAGUUGGUGAGCGAGAAGGAAGAUAAUCUUGGAAAUGACAGUCUUCAAAGUUGUUCCUCUGAUGACUACGAAAAAGCUAUUGCUAAAGUACGCUCCCUAUUCGGAGAAGCGAUUCUUGUGGCUCUAGAAAGUAAGAACCGAUUCAUUGGCUGUUGUCUCUGCCUUUUGCAGUGGGUUAUUUGUAUUACAUGAUUUUAUUAUGAAUUGGAAGCCGAGCUUAUUACAAGUUAAGUUUGAUUGCGUUCUCGUUUCACUAUUACAGGAGAGGAAAUCAGUGACUGGCAAUUAAUUACCGACUUAGCGGAAAGAGAAGCCGACGCCCCUAUUUUUGCGAAAUUAGGUUUCACCUACGGUAAAGCUGUGCGUUUUAAGAAAGAAUUCCAAGUAACACAUGGCAGACAUUUCCACAAGCGGCCAUCUUCCCCAGCAGUGCCUGCUUACAAGCCAACAAUGGCGGACAUGUCAUCUAUGUCGCCAGAAAUGAGACAGCUUCAUUUGGUCAUGUAAGUUAUGCAUUAUCUGGGUUGUUUCUAUAUUAUAACCUGAUAAUAAGCAACUAACUUACAUUAAAUUUCUUGAAGCAAGUUUUCCUCCUCCAUUGAACUCGUAGAUUUUCAAGUUUUCACCAUUUUGCACGCAUCCUCACAGCCUUCUAGGAAAGUUAUCCUGACCAUUAUUUCUGGGUGCGAACCAUGCGAAAACAGUGCGAAAAAUGCGAACUUUUAAAGGGGUACCCAAAUAACCUUUUAACAUCGAAACAACACAGUUUGGUAAAAGUUCAGUGUUAUUCGUGGUUCAUGGAACUUCUUAUCUAUCUAAAAGGCACAUUUAUCCCAUAUUUUAUUUACAAAUUCAGGAGAAAGAGGAUUGGUGUACUUGCAACACAAAGAUGGGGAAAGAGUUUGCCAAAGUUCAACUCACCAGAAACAAAACAACAGUUGGCAGGAUUUGCUACAGAAAUCACUCCUGAAUGUGGGAUACCUGAAAUCAAUUUUGGUGAAGACGGUAUUGCGAGACACAUUCAGACUUUCUUCAGUGAACAACGCCGUUACCAAAAGAAUAAAAAAACUCAAACACCCUGGAAGGUUUGUUACAUUUAUUUUUUUAGUACACAGAUGCAGGUAGACCAGAGUGUCAAUAUGUUUUCUUUUCGUUAAUGGUAGGUAAUGUGAGAACUGAACUGUUGUCAAAGCAAAUUAAAGAUAAUAAGUUUAACUGUAAAAAAAGACUUAUGUUUGAGUUUAAUUUUAAGUUUGCCACGGGGGUUUUAAGUUGUACUUGCUUCUCUUAUUCCCUUGUGUAAGUUUACAGUUAAUUUGAAUUUCGUUUCAUGAGUUAGAUUGUUUUGUAAUUUUGCUUUAAUGACAUAACUAAAACAUAUCAAGUGAAACAGCAUGACCAACAGACCCUGUUUUCUCUACACAAUUUCAGACUGAAACUGAGUUGAAGGAGAAAAGAAAGAGGCAAAAGGUGGAAGAUGUAUGUAUCUCUUACCAAUGUUAUCACUUGUUUUUGAAUAAUAUGUUCUAUAUCGUUAAGCAUGUGAUUAUGGCCAAAAAGAUAAUUCAAUGUCUGCUUUUUCUCUGAAUGUUUUCUUAGUUUUUUCCCAGGCUUGACAAGAUCUCCAGUGCCAGGGGCAAAUAAAGUUCCCUUAUCUAGCUUUAAUGUAAAGUACCUUUUAGGUAUUUUUCAAAUUUGUAUUUGAAAUUUUUAUUAAUUUCAGUCUGAAUUGGAGUUUGUGGUGAAGAAAAUCAAGAAGAAAAAAGUGGAGCAAGUAUGUAUCUGAUAGGCCACCCCUUAAGUUUAAAAUAUAGGAAAAUGUUACAAGAUAAUCUAUGCUGGCUAUGCAUGCCCACUUAUAUAAGCAACGGGGAACUGAAAGCUAUCCAAAGAAGUUCAACCCUCAUGGCCAGAUGUUUUCAUGUAAACCAUGAAAAUUUCAUGAAAACUGGGAGAACCUGUUGAUAUGAUUUGGAAGACGGUUGCUGCAAAGAGUUCAGUUACAGGGACACUUCACUUAUCAUUUCUUUGUUAACUGUUUCUUUUUAUAGUGUGCAAGUGGAGAAGUGACUCCAAGUAGUGCAGGCUCAUCAGCAGAUGAUAUCUCUGUUGACGGUGGUGAUACUGAAUCUGUCCAUGAGGAUGAGAACAGUGCAAGUGAUCAUGAAUCGCCCCCGUCCACUCAAGCUAACUCAAAAGUUGCAAGUGUGGAAGAAGAGGCUUGGCAAUCAAAUCUGGCUAUGAACCAAGCCAUUGUAAAGGGUGUGUUUGGUAAACUUUUAAAGAGAGAUGAUAUUACGCAUGUCCUUAAAAAAAAGUUUGCUGUGCAGCAAAAGAUGAUAACUAAUUUAAAGCCCACAGAGCUACUGAAUGUAUUAGCUAGAAAAUUGGUACGCCAUAAUUAUUGCAAAUUAAAAGGAGAAGGGAAGAAUAAGGAAGAUAUAAUUGUACUCAAAGAAAUUUCUUUUUUUUGAACUGCUGAGGCCUUGAAAAAUACAGUGCAAGUUGUGUUGAUUCUAACAUUAAUAAUCUUGUUUCUGUUUGAAUCUGUCAAAUUUAUAACGUUUGAUGAAAGUGAUUUUUAGAUGAUUUUGACCACUUUGUAUUUGUUAAAACAUAUUGGGCAUUAAAUGAAGGCUCUGACAUGUACAUUUAUAAGAUAUAAGAAGGCCAAGCUAAAAUAAUAUUAUUAGAAAUUAAAAAUUGAUGUACUUGUUUAUAAAAAAUAAAUGUGAAUCAGUUCUUGUUACCAUGCAUUGUUGCAGAAUGAUCAACUACAGCAUUAUUGGGGUACAGGGCAAAGAAUGCAUAUGGCCAGGAACGCGAGAACCCAUUUACGGGGAAGUGAAAAGCCACAUCGGAGAAAUAACUGGGAUGUUAAAACCUAUGUAAGGGAAAAUGCUGGGACAUUAAAUCCCAAUGAAAGUGAAAUUAAUGGGAUAUUGAUAUCCCGUAAAUUUCCCUUUUCAGGAAAAUUGAUGGAACAUUAAAACCCCAUGCCAGGGAAAUCAGAGGGAUAUUAAAAUCCCAAGAAAAGGAAUUUAUUGGGACAUUGAAAACCCAUGAAGGUGAAAUAAGUGUGACAAUUAAACCACAAUUACGGGAAGUUACUGGGAAAUUAAAUACCCAGAACAGGGAAAUUUAUGGCCGCUUAAUUUCCCAUGUCAGGGAAAAUGAUGGAACAUUAAAACCCCAUGUCAGGGAAAUCGUAGGGACAUUAAUAUCCCAAGACAAGGAAUUUAUUGGGACAUUGAAAACCCAAGCAAGUGAAAUAAGUGGGACAUUCAAUACCCAAGUUACGGAAAAUACUGGGACAUUAAAUUCCCAUGUUUGGUAAAAUAUUGGGGCAAUAAAUUCCCACAACACGGAAAAACUUGGGAUAUUUCUGUCCCAUGAAUGGGUUUGGUAUCAUUUUCCCAAAUUGGGAAAUUCACAAAGAAAACACAAUGAAAACCCUGUAAUUACCCACUUUAUUCACAAAUUGGGAAUUAACAAAAAUUCCCUGUGUUUUUUGGGUUUGAAAUUUUAGAUUCUGGGAUUUUUUUGGGGGGUGGGAAAAUUUGGCAAGUAUGUUUUUGGGUGGCUUGAUUUAAGUGGGGAUUUUUUGGGUAUUCAACACAAUCUAAGAUUUGUGGUAGUGUCCGCCUUUCUUAGCUGCAUACAUGUAUUUCUGCGAAUAAAGUACAACCAAACUUGUUUUGCUUUCUGGAAACUUUUUAGGAUCAAAAUGCAGUAUGGAUUUUCUGUGGUUAAUUUUUGGUCCAGGGAUUUUGGGGGGGUUUGUUGGAAUUAUGGCACCCUAGGGAUUUUUUCUGGUUUUGAUUUUUUUCCCCCGUCCAAUCAUUCCUGUUUUUUGAAAUCCAGAGAAUUCCCCCCUGGGGUCUUUCCCGUGGCAUUGGGAUUAGAUCAAACCCUCUAACCUUAUCCCUGUCCCUUUGUCAUUCACUGACUUACAUUGCUUGAUCUGAUCCACAUAUUGUUCAUGCCUCCUGCCAUUUGAACUUGAGAAAACUGAGUUGUUCAAAUAUUUUGUGAUUAAAAUAAAUUAUAUAUACCAUAUUUUUUCAAUUUAUGAAUGUUCUGGUACACAACAAAUUACAACAUUACAAACAUUGAAGGGGCUACAUACAACUCGAUUUAGCUCUACACAACAAAAGAAACCAAAAAAAAGGCAGAAAAGGUAGAUAAUAACAUACACUACAUAGACAGAAAAAAAGAAACUUAACCUCUUUUUUGUUAGAAGCUGGUAAUGUCUUCCAUUUAAUAUAAGUCAUGUUACCUAAAAAAUAAUUUAUGCUCCACCUUAUAAUCAGAAUGGGUUUCCCUCUACAACUGGGACAAAGGAUGGUGAGAAAUUUGAUAAAGUUUGAAAAGGAACACAUUAUAAUCAUUAAUGUCCUUGAAAUGUAGCCCACGGCAAUUGGCAUUCCUCUCUACAUGAUAUUAUAAAGUUUUCCCUAAAUUUUCUCGAUAUCUUCCAUCUCCACCAUGAUUUAUUAAAAAAAAAACUCUGCCUCAACAUGAAAUUGAUGCAAUUUUGAUUUGAUAUUAUAUACAGUGGAAUCCUGAUUUUUUUAACCAUCUUGGGAAAGGCAAAUUGGUUUGACCGUUAACUGGAAGUUUGGUUUGAUUGAAAUUAUUUAUCAGUAAUUAAUAAAAAUGAUGGUUUGAGAAAUCAAGAUUCUUUUGUACAAACACCCCCUGCCCCCUAGUAUCAGCCUAGGCACUGUUAUCAUAUCCCAGGCACAUCAAUAAGUUAGCCUGCGUAGCAAGCGUUUCCGCGCGAGUUCGUCAAGAACGUCGGGACGAGAGCAAAAAAAAGGAAUGAUAAAUUCGAAUAAUGAAUAAUAAUGAAUAAUUCGAUAUGGAAACGCUUCCUACGCAGGCUAUCAAUGAGUCAAUUUUCAGGGGUUGUAUGGUUUGUGAGAAAUUUUGGAUUUGAUUGGUACAUAAACAAAAGCAUUUACCAUUUUGUUUUAUGUAUUAAGUCACAGACCACUGGAUCUUGAUAACAUUUACAACCAGGAUCAAGUCAAGCUGUUAAUGAAGGAAGGGGAGCACCUUACAAUUCCAGACUUUGAUGAUAUCUAUGUAGAUUCAGAGGUAACAUUUUUUUUCUUAAGUUUAGGACCAAUAUAAUAUUGUCUUGAAUGAGGCUUACAGUAGUCCAGUCUUUUAACUAAUUUAAUCAACCUACAGGUAAGGGGUAUGGGUGGGAAGGUUAAUUAGAUAAAAUAAGUAAAAUUUAAUAGUAAAAUAAGUAAUUUUUUUCUAAAGCAAUGUCAUUUUAUUGUGGGUGAUACUAAGGGAUCUCUUCAUUUUUGUUAUUUUAAAACUUUUAAAGCUUAACCACUUUGUAUUAUUGAGAUGUACAUGGAAGUAUGUUAAGUGAGAGAUCUCAGAAGUAAUUUAAGAGUGAGGUGUUGGUAGGUCAGCAAUUUAUACAGUAAUACAGUAAAUGACAACUUACAGAAUUUUUGCAUAAACAACCUAUGUUAAUCUGAAAAUCAUUAUCUCUUCAUGCAUGCACUAAGUACAAGGAAGAAACCCUACACUUUACCUACCCUCAAGUGGAAAUGGUGUCUGACAGUGGGCUGAAUGGAUUAAUUUGUACACAGUUACAUAUUUCAUGCCAAUACCCAGGCAGAAGUGCUCAGGCACCAACUACUGUCAUGCGGUGCUGUGCCAUUGCCAUAAGUGUGAACAUAACCUUACAGUUUCAGGGAAUGUUGGCAGUGCUCAAAUUGCAUGGAAAAAUUUCGCAUUUUUUUGGUGACUUCAAUGUCAUAUAAUUUGAUUUGAAUGAGGUUGAGAAAUGACAAAGGCUGGAAACCUAGCAGGCUGAAGAUUUUAUGGCGGUGAUGUUUGUUCAAGCAUAGCAUUUACUUUACUGCACAGAUUGUUAUUUAAGUUAUUUUAUACAUGUCAUCAUUUUGUUACAUUUGUUGGUAGGAUGAGUUUGAAGACUCUGAUGGAGAAGGAUCGGAGCCUUCUUCAAAAAGAAGAAGAACCACUGAUGAGGUAUAAUUAUAUAUUCCAGAGUGGGUGUUAUCAACAAUUGAACGAUGGAGUGCUGAUUAGGCUAGGCUUAGAGUAUGGUUUGAGGUUAAUGCCACUAAUUCACUAAAUAAACACAACAACAACAGACUGCUUGGACUGUCUGGCAACUGCUUGUAAGGGUAAAGACCUGGUGACGAAUUCAACACUUGAUUAUUUUUAUACUGGCUCUUUAUAUUAUUUUAGAUGGAAGCUAACUUCUUUGCUUGGUAAACUAUUAUGUACAGUAGUCAUAAUAUUAUUUCCCCUCAUCCUCCUUUAGUGGCCAAUAACAAAUUAUAAAAAAAAAAUCUUUUUUUGCAUUCUGAUUUUUAUAUAAAAUUAAUUUAAUUUGCAUUUUUUUAUGUUUUAAUUUCUAAUGUUUUAUGUUCUCAAACUCAUUAUAAACAGUUCAUUAACUGUAAACAAAAGAAAUCAUUGUUGCGAUUUUUCUAAGCGAUCCCUUUUAAUUACAAAAGGUUAUCAUCAAGGUUUGUUAUGAUCAAGAAACCAAGUGUUUCACCUUAAAAAUUCUACUGCACUGUAUUUUUUGCAACCGGCUUCUUGUUGUCUGGAUAUGAAAUGAAAACCUUCCCAGGUGUACAGAUAUUUAUAUGAUGAAACGCUCCUUUGCGUGUUUGUUUUAACUACAAACAUUUCCUUGUGGAUGCCUUUAAGACAUGGACAGGUCUGUUGGUCUUAAAGAUAGAAAACAUCAUACAAUCCCCACCUUUAUAAUAAGGACACCUCUGUGAUGCUCUACACACAUGGAUUUGUCCUUUUCGGAGAUGUCUUUUAGUUAAUAAAAGGUUUGGUUUAUCUCCUAGGACUCCCCUCUUUCCAAACGCAAGUCAAAAAGACAAUGGCACCAGGACAGGUGAGAAAAGGCCUUUAAAAUAUUUUCGUCACAUUAGAGAUUGCACAUCACUUGAAUUUUGAGAUUCUGCUUUUUUAUUGAUUCAUUUUAACAGGCAGGAGAUUCUCUACCAGUAUUAUGCGUAUGCCUUCCAUGGAAGUGCAGUAAGUAUUUUCUGACAGUGUGGUUGCUAGUGGCCUUCUCACGGCUGCACGGGAGAAGGCGCCUGGCACCGAAAUUUUUUCGGGAUCGUUACUUGGGACGUCAGCUAUCGGCCAAUUUUUUCCCUGCCCUUAGAAAGGGAAGUCCCAGAAGUCUUUGCGAAAGUUACCUCGGCCCACUUUCCUUCUCGUUUCUAAAGUGGCGUAUUGCACUAUGGGACUGUUUUGGGGAGGAAUUCAGACCCAGUUUCCCGUGAAACUUCGUAACAGCCAAUCAGCCAAUAAAAGAAGUUUAUAGAGCUUCUUCAAACCAGUCCCAAAGAGCAACUGGACAGAGCGCCGACCCAGGUCAAGUCAAAUUGGCCAAUGUGAACGCUAGGAUAGGUGAAAAAAGGUUCAGGCGUCGAUAUCGACGACUGAUUGCAGCAAUUAAACAGGAGCAACUCAUCAUUUAAAACUAUCAUAGCGAUCGUCUUGUAUUGAUAUGGUCACUACGCACAAUUGCCCGUAAUGUUUUCAGCGUUCGUAGCGAUCAUAUAUGGAAACCAUAACACCAAGCAAUGGUGAUCAUGGAACACUCAUUAUUCUCCGUAUUUUGUAGUGUUUGUUCUUUCCGCUCUCGACAAAAAUGCGCUUGAGCGAAGGGAAGAAUAUCACCACAGUUACAUUUAUUAUUUUCUUUAAUUCUGCAUCAUUGCGUUUUGUUUGUUUUUUGUAAUACGCCGUCGUUUUUUCCGUUUCAGGCUUCCCUGAUCAUGUAUGAGUUAGCCUGGAAAAUGAGUAAAGACAGCAAUGACUUGCUAUGGUGGGCGGCAAUUGGCUUAACUCAUCAGUAUCUCUAUGAAAAGAUUGACAGGUAUUUGGGAAGAUAUUAUUUUAAGGUUCACUCACACUAACCCGGAUGAAUAUGAAAACGUGUCAUUUAGUCGACCAUCUGGCCUUCCAUCCUAAAACGGCGUUCUUCGAUCACCAAAAGUGAAGCUUCUUGAAAAUUGUUUCCAUACAUAAAGCUUAAUUUCUAAUUUGAAAACGCUGCUGCAUUGUUUGUGUGACGUGUUUUCUUGAAGCCCGGUUAAUACGGACAUCCGGAUAAUAUGGACACUAUGGCAUGUCCCCUUGAUGUCCGUAUUAACCGGGUUCCAGUGUAUUGUUUAAUGCAUGGAAGAAGACAUCGAUAUUCGCACACCCGUUAUAACGAAGAUAUUUCCCCAGUUCCUUGACACUUUGCUGCUGUAUCAGGCUUUUUUAGUGUUUCAUUCCGAUUCAGUCGAAAGGGUUGUUGCUGUUAAAAAACCUACUUCUUCUUGUGUAUUUUAGUGACAAGUAUGUGUCAGAUGCACAAAAUCUUCAUGAACAUGUGAUGAGACACAAUCAUGGGACAGACGAAAAUGGAAGCUCCAUCAACUGCCUGAAGAUUGUAUUUGAUACAGAGUAUCCUUUCUAACCGAAGAUGAUUCUCUUUGAGAUAGUCGAAACUGUUUCUGCAUCUGUAGUUCUCUGGAAGUAACAUUGGCAUCUCUUUGGAAAUCUCGAAGCGUUUCGAUUUAAACGUAGAAACUGCACACACAAAAAGGCUGAUAUUUCAGGUUUAAUUUUACAUAAAUGACUGAAUUUAGAUAAUUCCAAAUCUCGAAAUUUAUGUGACAUGGCACGGCUGGAAAGUUCAUAAUCUAUAGAUUAGAAUAAAAUAAGGCGUGGCCUUAUAAAGCACACGUGCAAAAGUAAAUAACGUGUAAAUACCAUUUGCCUUAAUGGUUGGUUUUAGCCUGCGUAGCAGACGUCGAAAGGGGAAGGAGAUUGGCGUUUUUCUUCCUCUCAUCCUCCCCUUUUUGCGCCUGCCACACAGGCUAAAUUGGUUUCUGGUGUUGUCCAAGAACAACAACAACUUUAUUCUUUGUCACAGAAAUACAAAAAUUGGAUAGUUUGCCCCACAAAUAGCGGGAAAGCUAGUCGUGGCGGGGCAAGACAAGUACAUGAAUAACACAAUUUAGUAAAAACAAAAACCUUAAACUAUUAGAAAGCCUUGCAGAUUGCAACUAAAAAUAACUAAAAAUUAAGUGAUCUAAUUAACACAGCACUUACUGACGUACAAUGCAUCAAGACAAGGAGUCACUGACUCUUAAAUGAUAACACAGAAAAAGAAAAUCUACUCGUAUCGUCAGGAACACUGCUUACGGAUUAACAAUGUUAUUUGGGAGGGUAUUGAAUCAGAAGUUUUAAUAUUGAGCUCAAAAGGUUGUGUCCUUGAUGUAGCAAUCCAGACUACGCCUGUCACUGUAUAGACAUUGGUCACUUUUUGACAGCAUCUGUCACUCACGCUACACUGCCUGCAGGUUUGUGUUCUGUAGACUGUGCCGGGAUCUUAGAUUGUAGGGACGUCGCGAAAAUAAAACAAACCAAGCGAAAAUAAGAAGCGCGCAAUCUGGGGAAGGGGGCGGUGGCACUGGCGGGAAAAAAUAGCACCGCCGCCCACUCUCUCUCCCUAGCGCCCGCGCGUUUUUCGCAUUAUUUUUUACCGCACGACAGCACUGCUAUCUAUGAGCCUGGACCAGGCUGACAUUUCUGUUAAUUUUUAAUCCUAGUGCCUCCCUUUUUAUGGGUUUUUGUGUGAGAGAUAUGAAAAUUUAGUUGUAAAUAAGCGGCUGGUAUGCUUUAGGCUUGAUUUCCACCGCUCUAUCGAGUCCGGUCUGGAGGAGGGCGGUCUUACUUUCCCCAACAGCUGCUGGUAAUCAAGACAGUAUACUUAUAAUUUCGUCUAUAUUUAUAGGCGACAGCAUAGAACAACCAUUCAAUGCCAACAUGUCUUUUCUUAGGUUCAGAGUUUGGACAAUCAAGGGAAAGAAGAAACUUCAUGAAUUUCUUGCAGACAUGGGGUAAAAUUUAUUAUGUGUCUUCUUCUCCGGCUUUGUUCACUAGUUAAAAUGGUGGAAUAUUGUAGUCACCAACUAGCAGUAAUUCCUUAAGUGAAUGAAAUUUCAUAUAAUAUAUGAACUGUGGGAGAAAAAGUUAAUUUAAAUCAUAAUAUCCAAUUUCAUAUCUCCAUCUUCUAGGGAUAUAUUACGAACUUAUCAGGUGAUCAGCUCUCAGUUUUGGCUUGAUAGGUCAGGGGUAAGGACGCUGCACCGGUAUCCUCCUGCAGUCAUGGAUUCAAAUCCCGUUUAAGGCGAUUUUUUUUCCUCCGUUUUUUGCAACUGCUCAAUUUACUUUUAUAACUGUUAUGAUCUUUCCCCUGAAAAGAAAUUGCUAAGUUAGUAUUAGUGGACCUUGCAUACUCUUUUCAGAUGAAUACAUAAUUCACGAUCAUAGUCUUACUUCAGGGGCUUGUAUCACCCCGCCAUGAAAACUGCAACAAGGUUAACCCUGAUUUCUGAUUAUUUGAGGAGACUGAUUUAGUGUUUUUCUGAACUUACUUUUCCUCCAGAAUCCCCCUGGUUCAGAGCCGACAAAAGUUUUAUAGCAUGGAUUUUGAUUUGAGGAACAACUUGAAGGGUUGGGUUGAAACAUCAGCAGACAAGUUUGGGUAGGCACACUGAACUGUUAUUUAAACGAAUACCGCACAUUAACUCGAUUCAACGCUUCAUCUCUAGAAUCAACGCCGCACCCAACCAGAAGAAUACGGGGUUGAUAAUUAUUGGAGGGUUAAAGGAAAAACUUUGUACAACUGUGCACUAUCUGCUUUUGACAUCUUCCUGUUUUACAUACCGCGGUAUUAUUCGCAAAUGAUUUAUCCAUAUUUUAUUAGUUAAGAAAUGUGAUUUUUAAAUAAACGUCGCCCUUGAAUGAACGCCGCAUCGGAAACGCUGAAAAUUAAAUCAACGCCGUAGCGUUUAAUCAAAUAAAGAUGGUAUGGCUUUUUGGAUUUACUUUACAAAAAAGCAGCAUAACCGGUAUUAAUUAUUAAAAUUCUGAGUCGGAAAAUGGCUGGAUUUAAAAUAGCAAAAAUCAAAAUUCAUUUGAUGCUUAUUUUUUUGUAAUGCUUUUUCAGGUUGGACGAAAUGUCGUACGGAUCAUUCCAUGUUCAAUACGGAUUUAAAAACAAGGUAACAGGAUGAAAUAUUUUAUGUGAAUCCACGUAGCUUUACCCUCCUGGCAGAGUCGCUUCUAUCUUUCCCUUAUCUAGGAAAGAUCGACGCGACUCUGCCAGCAGGGUAGUAGCUCUCAUGCUGACAUGUCAGUCCUUCAAUGUAUUUUUUUAAUGUUGCUUGACUUUGUCAUCUUUUCUCUUCAGCUGUGUGCAAGCGAUGUUGUUUACGCCGUGAAUUCUCUUUUGGAGGCUCCGGUAUGAUUUAAAUCAAUGCAGCUAUGACUGUUUUCAUUUCUUGUGCGCUGUUUAACGCAUUUUAACACCACCAAGCAUAAGCAAAUCAGGAGUUACAACUAAAGAAAAUGUUACUUUUUUUAUUGUCACAGACUGAGGGAAUGACAAAAUGGGACAAUUUCUUGGAGGCACUUGAUGCUCUGUCAAGGUAAGCAGGGAAAGAUCAGUCCUGAUACUCAGAUAUCAUUACAGCUAACAAUAAUGCGGAGUGUUAAGAUGCCCGAUUUUUCUGCGCUUCUGGAGUGGUGGUGGCCUUUUCGUUGGUUUCUCAAAACAUAAUUUAUCACACGGGGAAGAAAAGAAGCCUAUAAUAGCAUUUUGAAAAUAUCGUUGAGCAUGUAGCAGUAGACUGUUUGCAGUUUAAACCCGUCGCCUUAAAAAAGUUAAAGUCAUCCCAGCUAGUCUCCUGGUCAGCACUAUCGUAAAACAACAAACAAAAUAUUACGCCCUUGUUUCUCUUGGCUUGCGUAUACUAAAACGUUUCCCAGUGGUCCUCUGGUAACUUAAGAAGGAAAAUAAGAGGUUGUUGACAAUCUUAAGUUGGGAAAUUUCUCUUAUUGCAGUCAAUUUCAUCUGUUGACUGAAAAUUUUGUGUGGUCUUUAAUUGGGAAUUCGGUUUAAAGUCCACGAUCAACAUGCCGUCUGUUCUUCAUGCGUACCAAUCAGGUGAUCUUCAAAUGUAUCGCUAUUUUUCAAAGUUGCCAGCACUAGUACAAUGCUUUAAGGUUGAACUCCUUGCAAGUUGCAAAAAGUUAAUUCAACUUGCAUUGGUUGCUGUGUAAUGUCAAAAUACAGAGCUGCGGCAAAAACCGCAUCUACAGUAUCUCUGGGUGGAAAUAUUUUGCCAAGCAUAGUGCUGCAACACUUGGAUUAUGGCGAAAUGAAUGGAAGGUUUCCUGAGGUCGGUUAUUUGCUGUCGCAAAAUUCAACCCAACAGUAUUUAGGUCGCUCUGUGCUAUCGUUCCGUUCUUACGUUUCCAUUAUUUAUGCUCAGGUCCAACAGUGAAAAGCUUCAAGAUGGUAUUGAAAUGGCAAAAAAGCAGGUACGUCUCAACUUUAGUCCAGUGUAUCGAAGAUUUUCCAUCACGUGUAAAAAAAUUCGAAAUAAAUAAACCUCCAUUGGAAAAAUCUGUCACGUGACACGCCCUCAUAUGAGAAGAAGGACGCGGUUCCCUUAAAUACAUAUCGCUUAUACUAAAAUUUACCCUUGCAUCUAAACUAAAGGACUGAGAUCGAUCUACUAAGCCCGUGAAAAGACAUUCUCUUUUGAGCUAUGCUAGCCCAUCCUCAUUGCGAAUUACUUUGACAAAAGAGUGAUUCAGUUUUAAGGUGCUUGCGCUCAAAACGUUAACUUUUGAAUCCCUUACGAAGCGCAACUUCUGUCUCACUAGAAGGAGUUUAUUUCUUCUGUCAUGCACUAGCCCACCGAAGCAACACAGCAGUUUCUAACUCAUUAAUCUUAUUUCAGUUGAUUGCUGUUGUAAAUCAAGUACGAUCAUUAAUUGAUAUGCACCAAGUGAUGUGCGCUGGACACUUUCUUUACUCACAUCUCAGAGAGGUACUACUCAAUAGCACAUCUUAAAAACGAUAUCGGUCACUGUUAACUCGUGUUAUUGACUUUAUAUUGAGGGCAUCGCCUCGGUUGAAGAGAGAUUAGAGCAGCAGCAUUGUGUGAAAAAAAUAACUUAUACGACUGAGAAGUAGAGGUGGGUAAGGAGGAGAUUGAGUAGAGCAGUGAUGGCAGGCAGGCGAUCUCCUCUACCCGCGGAAAAUUAUACAAAGAGCGUUUGUUCUUUGUUAGUCUCCAUCGCAGCCGCUCGGAACGGAGUAACGCAAUGCUCCCCGCGUAGGGGCGGGAGCAUUGCGUGACUCCGGGCCGAGCGGCUGCGAAGGAGACUAAUUCUUUGUAUAAUUGUCUUGAGUGGUUCCAAAAUUAAAACGUCCUCUCUUAGCCUCCCGUUCUUCAAGUUGAACCCAUGUAAAAAGGUCACCAGACGCGGAAGUGGAAUAACGAUCAGAAAAAUUAGUCUGGGGAGAUUCAUAUCAGAAACGCGAAACUGAACGGAGCCUAGGUUUAUGCUAUUUAAAUGGCAUUUUCUUACUAUCUGCUAGAUGGUAAGUUUUGAAAACGGAAUAGGAAAACCGUGCAAUACCGAGUUCAUUGAGCUAAAAUGUGUGACUACCUCGCUCUAUUGAUUUUCAGUACAAAUUGCACAUUACACAUUACUGAGGCUUUUCCCUCCAUAUUUGCCGCCAAACUAUCAGUAGUGUAAACCUCGUCAUACUUUAACAGUUACAACUAUGAACUUUUCUUGUUGUUGUAGGGCAUACCUGACUUGAACAUGUUCAGUAAACCAGCCGUUCUUGGAGCUUUAGCGCGAUUUGUAUUAAGUGCUUAUGUCGCAAUGGUAUGUAGGCGAUUUUUUUCUGUUUCAGUCGGCGUUCUUUUCUUUGUGGAAUUGAAAUUUGGUCGUGAAAUAUCCCAUGAUUUAAUUGAACAUACCGUAUUUCCUCGAAUAAGCGCCCGGGCGCUUACGGUAUUUCAAAUUUCAGCUCAAAGAAUGGGCGCUUAAUCGAUAGGGGGUGUUUAUUCGAUGCAGUGAGAGGGGAGCGGGGCGCUUAUUUGAUAUUAGCCUUGGGGUUGGGCGCUUAUUUGGGAGCGAGCGCUUAUUCGUCCGUCUCUGGCUACGAAUGAGACUUUUUUGUUUACUAUGUUCAUGUGCUCUUUUUCUUUUUUUUUUUUGAAGUCAAAGAACAAGAAAGCAGCCGCUCUUCCUUUUGUUCUUGCCGCUCCUUUGGAUCCAGAAAAAGGUAUGGAUAGUAACUACAGUAGAACCCCGGUAACUUCUUCUGUUUGUUGAGGCAACGUGGUUGAUGAACUGUAGAAUCACGCUGUUGCCUUCCCCAUAUUCAUUGGUCUUUAUUUAAAGAUUAGUGCUAUUCGCCAUUCUGACAAGGAGGUCAAUCUUGGACAUAUGGACAGAAAAUUUCUAUCCCCCUUCCCACAAAUCAAGGACAAAAAAAUGUUUUGGCCGUCUCACGCCUUCAUCUUUGGCAUUCUAUUUUAUUCUGCCUAGGAUUGAAGCUCGGUGUUGUGUCGAACUGCACAAUAGAAAGCUUUAGAUUCUGAGAACGAGGUCGACUACGAGUACGAGACUUUCUCAUUACUGAGUAUUGCACACGCGUGAACCAGUGUCAUUUUGGCGGGAAAACGUGAUAGCCGUCGUCAUUCUACUACGAGUUUUAGCGAGAAUGUCGCAGCGGCGGGAACAAGUUAUCAAAUGUAAGAAGUUUGAUAAUUUUGCUAUCGAGAAAGGGUUUAACCUCCUUCAGUAUAAAUAACUGCACUAACUUUUUCGGUGAUAAAAAGUAAAAUGAAACUUUCCGGGAUGUCUUUUACAGUUUUUGAAAACACGCGCUAAAACUUUAAGUCAAAUCUCGUCCUGACUCGUACUCGUUCUCUUCCUCAAAUCUAAAGCUCUAAGUUCAAGUUCAACCUCUCUAAUGGUGCUGUUUGGGAACGCAUACUUCGCUUCUUUUAUCGCCUAUUACAAAGUUGCGCGGGAAAUUGGGUCCAAAUUCGUCUUACGAAACAGUCCCAUAGUGCCAUUCGACACAACAAAGACUCGGUCGGUCGCAUGCGCUAAAGAGUAAGGGCGCUUAUCAAAAGUCAGAGCUGGCCAGCCUGACCUGUCAUUUUGAAAAUGAAGGAGUAGUCUUUUCUCGAAAUUUUCACUAAAACUAUCAUUUCCCUGCAUAGCACGUAGAAAUAAACUGAUCGUGCUGAAUAGUACUGAUUAAUAGAGGAAUUCUCUUGAUAACUGCAUCGGUGUGGCCCGCCAGUUCUGACAAAAGGUAUAAGCGCCCUUUAAAUUGGAACACAUGUUUUGGAGGAGGAGUAACCUAAGACUCGACUUAUCCGUGCAAGAAAAACGUCUGUAAGAGCCCCGCUCAGUUCAGUUGUUGUCACUCUUUCAGGGACUUGUCUUUUAGUAGGAAUUCCUCCCAUCGCUGAUGAUUCAGGCAAAAAGUAAGUGUGCAAGUACCGUAGUAUAUCCUAACUAAUCUACGAAGUGCCUGAAUACAAACGCCGAUCACUUCGACUCGUGUCACUUGAAUUCGAUUAUAAAUGCAGUGGAACUCCGUUGAUAUGGCCACCUAUGGGCCAAAAAGAAAUUGGCCUUAUUAACGGGUGAUGGUAUUAACGAGGGUUUUUUUUUACAAGAAAAUCCGGGUAUGACCAUUUUGCCAGGCGGCCAACAAAAGUGGCCGUAAGGCGAAGUUUCAUUGUACUUAAAAUGUUUUUAUACAGCGUUUCAACUCUCCCGCAUGUUGCGUAGAAGGAAAAUUUGUGUAUAUUGCCAGCUCAGGCUCUAUUUUUGUUUCGCUUUGUAAAUAAAAUUCCAGCGGGCAAGUAGUAGAGCGAAUACGUAAGAGAGAAUGUAUGAAAACUGCUAAAAUUGAUCCUGAACUCAGGUCAGAAUUUUAGUCAGGAGAGUCAUUUGUAAUAUUUAACUCUUAUUGUGGAAGGAACAAGAUACGUAAUAAGCAUUGUUUUAAAAUUGACCUUGAAACUCUUUUCUCAAGUCUUAACCUUCGUUAUUGCUGUUUCUCUUUUAGUUUUCUUGGAAAAGCCUUUGAAAUGGCUGCCAGUAAAACAAAAUCACGGACAAUUCACGACCACUUUGACCCAGCUGGUAUGUUUAAGUCUCAAUUGCAGGUUUAGUUGUAUGCAUGUUCAUUUUAAUUGACGUUUUCAACCCCCAAGCUCGCUACUACAAAGGCAUGUUGCGUGGAAGACGCUCGCGACUGAGGUAAAAAUUCUACUCGCGCGAAUGCUAAGGGAUCUAAGCUUGGGAGAGAAGAAUUUCUCUUCUCGUUGGUGGCCUUUUUCAGCUGUUCAGUGACAUCACCGGGACAUAAACGAAACAGUAAAAAAAAGGCGCGGGGUCUUUGUUUUUUUCGCUCCGCUCUCUGAACGCCAGGGUGAAACUAUUCCUGCCGCUGGGAGUUUAUCCGAGCAAGUUAAUAAGAUGUGGGGGUCAGUAGAGCAGGUUUGACUUGACUGUAUUUAAGUCAUGGACUAAGUAACUGAACUCUGAAGUGCUUUGCCUUUUGACAUAAGCCAUUUAGUUGAAAAUCUCAUGCAUCAACACUCAAUGAUUAGAUUUCACCUUGUCGGGGAAAUACUCACUCACAUUAGAGCUUUGAAACUUGCCUUGCUGUUCUGGUCAGUUGGUAACUUGGCCCAUAAGGAGAUUUCACUUAGCAUGUAAUACCGUCUAAAGUUAGUCUCUAGUUUUCCUACUGACAGACUGUUCUUUCUUUUUUAUUGUAGUGAUUGAAAUGAAGAGCGAAGAUCGUGGAAAGUUCUUUGAUGCCCUAUCUGCUCUUCUAAUUCCGAAAUAAUAUUCAUUGAAAGAAAUGAUUUUUCAUCAUGCCCCUUCUCGACGGCAAUCUGUAAAAAAUCUGUAAAUAUUAAAAGAAUGCUUGAAUGAGCGAGUAAGCUGUUUUUCAUGAGGAGACGCACUUCCGAGACACCGCGGUCCAUUUUCGUCCUUGCUUCAUUGCUACUUUCUUAGUCAUCAGAGGAAUAUCAUUAGAGAGACUAUUGAUGGUCAAAAGCCACCUCAAUCUCCCCUUGUAUGUGAACUUCACCCGCGGCUUCUACCACUGUGAAUCCAUACCAUCGG